AUGGGAGCCGCUGGGCCCGUGGCCUUUGUUCAAGUGCGGCAGCUUUCACUCGAGGGCGUCGGGCCAGCCACAGCAAGCCUGGCAGUUGGACCGGCGAGCCUGGCGGUGGGACAGGUCCGCUUUGAGAACCCUGCCGACGCCCUCGAAGCCUCGGCGAACGAUGGUAGCUGGAUUGCCGGGCACCAGGUCUCUGUCCAGCUCGACCCGUCAUCUCAUGAUCUGUCCAAAUUGAUCGUCCAGGGACUUCCAGCGACGUUCCGAUGGCAGGAGCUCAAGGCUUCCACAUGUCAGGCCUUACCAGCCGUGACCGUCGCGGUGACCGUCGCAGUCAGUCCCUCGUCGUUGCGCUUCUCCUUUUUCGAUGGUGCCGUCGAAGUGGUGACCCGGAACACCUUCUUGGAUGUGGAAGUCGUGCCUGCCGACACACAGGAGCUGUGUCGGACGAAGAGCUGCCCGGCGCUGUUGCACUACAAGGAAGAGACGCAUUGCCUCGAAUUUGAGGACACCAAGCAAUGGGCCAGGCUUACGACUGAAAGCACCCAGUGCCCUGAGGAUGAGACCGACCCUUUGCUUGGCUUGGACAGAGAGGAGCGCCAGAGUGAGGGUGGAGAGGGUGAAACCGAUUGGCAGUGGAGCGCUCAGCAUGUCGAGCCGAGCGAGAGCGGAUCCGCAGUGGAUGGUCGACAGGUCAGUUUGCACUGUGAUGAUCAAGAACAUCCCCUGCCGCUGCAGUUCAGAAGAGGUGACUUGCUCGGUGAGGUGGAGAGCCCGCGCUGGCCCGCGCUGCACGUCUUGGCCGCUGUCGACCGCUUGGGUUUUGCCGGCACGUAUGACUUUUUUUACCUCCCCAUGAAUCGUCGGCAUCGACAAGGGAUUGGCUAUGCCUUCAUCAAUUUUCGUGACAAGGGCUUGGCCUGGUGCUUCAAGGAGGCCAUUGGCGGCUACCAAUUCCCUGGGCGAAAAAGCAAGAAGGUCGUGCACGUCGCCGUCGCGCAGCUCCAAGGACGACAGGAGGUGGACGCCUACUUCAGCCGAACACAGGUGGUGCACACCCGCUAUCGACCAAUCAUGGCGUAA